AUGUACUCACUCACAAACACUAAUACACAUACUCAUAUACUAAUUCAAUAAUAUUAUUAAUACAGACAGAGAGAGAAAGAGAGACUCUCCUCUCCUAUACUGCUCACCUCAUCUCUCUCUCUGUCUCUCUCCCACUCUCUCUCUCUCUCUCUCUCUCUCAGUUUCAUUCUCUACCUCAUACACACAGUAGUACUCAAACAUGGGUCCAUACCAUUGUCCUUAGCUUCAAAUUUGAGCCUUUUUCCUGCACGACAGGAUCCGACUCUGCCGCUUAUUCACAACUCUCUCCCUCCCUCCCUCACUUAUUACUUCUUCUUCUUCUUCUCCUCUCUUUAAUUUCUCUCUCUUGCUUUCUCUCUUUCUCUUUCAACUAUAUACCCUAGCCACAGCCAGUAGCCACAAUCUAAUAUAUACAUGAAAAAUGGAGGACCACCAUAACAAUCAUGGUCAUCACCACCAACAUCACCAUCAUCAUCAUCAUCAACAAUCAUCAUAUGGAAGCAUGACAACUGAUCUAAGACAACUAGUAAACGGAACAAGAUCAACCCAUUUUCCAUCAAUACCGGCUACCGCGGAGGAUUUUUUCCCCGGUCACCGGAAUCUAACUGCUUUGUUAACUAAUUCUCAACAAACACAUCAUCAAAACGAACAACAGCAACAAUAUGAGAUGAUGAUGUUGAGUCGUGGUGUAGUACUUGAAGAUUUCAAUAACAUCACCACGACUGCUCAACAUCAUCAUGUUAUACCACCACCGACGACGACAACAACAACUGCUAGUGCUAGUGUUUCAACACCGGAGACCAUAGGAUGUAUUGGUGGAGAUGCAUCCACCGGAAGAUGGCCCAGACAAGAAACUCUUACUCUUCUUGAGAUCAGAUCUCGUCUUGACCCUAAAUUUAAAGAAGCUAAUCAAAAGGGUCCUUUAUGGGAUGAAGUCUCUAGGAUAAUGUGUGAAGAGCAUGGAUAUCAAAGGAGUGGAAAAAAGUGCAGGGAGAAAUUUGAGAACUUAUACAAGUAUUACAAGAAGACAAAAGAAGGUAAAGCAGGAAGACAUGAUGGGAAACAUUACAGAUUCUUUCGUCAACUUGAAGCUUUAUAUGGUGAAAACAGUAACCAAACUUCUCUACCAGAAACCAAUUUUGUCAGCUUCAACAAUUUCCAAAACCCCUCAAAAAAUACAAAUCAAGACAAUAAUAGUCUCAGUCUCACUAACUCAACUGACUUUGACACUUCAUCUUCUGAUGAUGAGAAUGAUGAGAAGGGAAAGAGGAAAAGUAGUGGAAGGAGAAGUUGGAAGGUUAAGAUAAAAGAGUUUAUUGAUUCACAAAUGAAGAAGCUUGUUGAGAAACAAGAAGAUUGGUUGAGUAAGCUUGUGAAGACACUUGAGGAGAAGGAAAAUGAGAGGGUUUUAAGAGAAGAAGAGUGGAGGAAACAAGAGGUGAAAAGGGUAGAAAAGGAACAAAAGUUUUGGAGUAAAGAGAGAGCAUGGAUUGAAGCAAGAGAUGCUGCUUUAAUGGAAGCUUUGAAGAAUAUAGGAGGAAGGGAAAUGAAGGUUGAAAAUGAAGCUCAUGAUCAUCAUAAGGAUAUAAAUGUAAUAAAUGAAGCUGAGAUUCAUCAAAAUAACUUUGAGAAUCAAAAUGAAGAUGGGAGUGAAAUCUUGAAUAGUAAUGUGAGAGGAGAUUCUUCAAAAGAAGGAAACAAGAAGAGAAAGGAGAAUUUUUACUUCAACAAUAAUGAACAAUGUUCUAUGUAUAAUCAAGGAAGUAGUUAUUGUGAUGAUCAAAGAGAGGAGAUUGUGAAGCUACAAAGGAAUGAUCAUGGUUCUUCACCUUCUGAUUCUAAUGUUGGAAAUGUUGCUAAUGGUGAUACUUGUUAUCCUUUCUUGCUUAAUGAGGGUGGAAAUUUGUGGGAGAAUUUUGGCUUGAAAAUCAAUAAAUCAAACCAAAACCUUUGACUGAUCCGGGGUUUAUGUAUAGAGAUUGAUCGAUGAUUACUAGGUGAUUAAUCAAUCUUAGUGUAUGUUUGGAUUGACGGUGAGUUUGACAAAAUCACAGUAUUCCAUCGUAAUUUUAACAAAACUUACAUUUUAGAACUUCAACAAAAUCAUAAUGUCAGCAUAAUUUCGUCAAACUCACACCAUGAUUCCAAACAUACAUUUAGCCUAUGUUUGAUAUCACGGUGGAUAUGUCAGAAUAACGGUAUCCAUAGUGAUUCUGGUAUAUUUACCGUGAUAUCAAAUAUACACUCAUGUGUUUAUAGGAAUUGUAGCAAAAAAUAAUGUGUUCAAGUUUAGUGAUGGAGAAAAGCAAGUGGAAAAGUUCACUUGCUUAUAGGAAUUAGUAUGAAACAAAUUCAGGUGAGUUUCUUCACUUUUGUUUUAUGCAUGAAGGUGGAAUUGAAUUUGUAUUGUUAUUACUUCCUAUGUUUUCCAUGUUUUGUCCCUUCAGUUAUUAUGUUUAUUGUUUACACAAUACAUCAUCAGUUGGUCACUGUUUUUCUCCUUUCCCUUCAUGCUUCUUUUUGUGUGCUGUUUGGGUAAACAUGUGCAGUGCAUGAAGGUUUUUGGUUUCUGUGUAUACUGAUUGUAUAAGGAAGCAAAUUCUUUUCCUUUAUUUAUUAGUAUGUGCAUGCUUGGAAUUGAAUUGGAUUUUAAACUUCAAAAAAGUUAUGCUCAAAUAAAAUAUCCUUUUGGGUCAUUUCGCAAA